AUGCUUGUGUUGGUAACAGUUUUUCUGGUUAAAGAUGUUCUACUGAGACGCAUACAGCACCAGUGUGUGAGGAGUAUCAGAGCCUUCAUGAACAAUAAGUACGGACUUACUAAAAUGUUUCAGAAAGGAGAUGGUUUGGUUAUAUUUGUGACUGCAAUGGAUCCUUUGAAUGAAGGAAUGAUGACUGACGUACUGCGAGUGAUAGCUGCAGUCUGUCUUGUAGCCGAUGGUCAUGACAGGAUACUGGAGGCUAUAACUACUAAUGGGGAAAUGUGUGGGUUUGGUCGGUUUGAUCCUAUACUCCAAGCGCUGAAAGGGACGAAAAACCCAGUCCUUCAACUAGCCUGCAUGCAGUUCAUUAACGCCAUUGUCAAUACUCCGGAUGAAUUGGAUUUCCGUGUUCACUUGAGGAAUGAGUUUAUGAGAUUUGGUCUUGGGGAAGUGUUAGCUCAACUUCGUGAGAUUAAUGUUCAAGAUUUAACACUUCACUUGGAUAUUUUUGAUGAGCACAGAGAGAAUGAUUUUGAUGAGGUCCAACAGAAGUUGAAAGCUAUUCAGUUUGAAUUUAAUGAUUGUGAAGAAGUGUUCAAGAUGGUCUACAGUGUGACACAGAAUACUGGAGCUGGACGCUUCUUGUUAUCCAUUUUACAGCAUCUAUUGCUCAUCAGAGAUGACCAAUGGGCAAGGCCACAGUAUUUUAAAUUGGUGGAUAAGUGUGUCUCUCAGAUCAUUCUUCACAAAAGUGGCUUGGAUCCAGAUUUUCACUACACUCAGAAAUUUAACCUGGACGUUGAUUCUAUUAUUGAGGGAUUUGUUGAUAGAGCUAGACUUGAAGACAUGGAAGUCAAAGUCAAAGAUUUGGAGACUAUGUUGGAUUUGGAACAAACAGCUAAAAAUGAAAUGGAUGCGGUUUUAAUGAAAACGACGGAACAACUCAAAGAAGCCAACAUCAAAUAUGAGACGGACAUCACUGAAAGAGACUCUGAGAUCAUCAGACUCAAGGAUGAGCUUGCAAAGAGACCAGUUAUAGUUCAGAAUGCUCCGGGUGGAGGGGGACCACCUCUCCCUCCUUCAGCUGCCCCUCCUCCUCCUCCUCCCCCUCCCCCUCCUCCCGGUGGGGGCGGAGCACCUCCUCCUCCUCCUCCCCCUCCUCCUCCUCCUCCAGGGGGUCCUGGUGCUCCUCCUCCUCCUCCCCCACCCCCAGGAGGUGGAAUCCCUCCACCACCACCAGGUCCUGGAUUUGCUAUUCCCAUUGGACCGCCUGUCAAAGAAAAAAAGAAAUAUAAAUUAGAUGUCCAGACAAGAAGAAUGAACUGGAAUCAAAUCAAGAAGCAGCAGCUGAGUCUUGACUCAUUUUGGGUCAAAACAAAUGAAGAGCAGUUUGAGUCCCUUGAACUCUUUCAAGACAUUGAGAAGACGUUUGGAACUGGUAAAGCACGCGGCGUUGAAGUUAGUGCAGGACCUAAACUGAAGUUACCCAAAAUCAAAGAACUUAAAGUGUUGGACGCAAAAUCAGCACAAAAUAUUUCUCUAUUGUUGGGUAAUUUGAGAAUGCCUUAUAAGGAUGUACGGGAUCUCGUAUUGUCAGUGGAUGAUAAGAUCACUGAACAAAUGUUGGAACAACUACUGAAGUACAUGCCAAAGAAAGAAGAGGUUGAACAGUUAUCAACUUUUCGUAGCAAAAUUCAAGAUUUAAGUGAAGCUGAACAGUUUAUAGUUGUUAUGAGUGAUGUGAAGAGACUUGAAGAAAGGUUGGAGUGUAUGCUCUUCAAAGUGAGGUUCAGUGAGGAGCUGGAGGAAUUGAAACCUAUGGUUAAUUCAGUGACUCAGGCUUGCAGAGAAGUUAAAAACAGCAAAAAGUUUUCUCAAUUAUUAGAGUUAGUAUUGUUAAUGGGAAACUAUAUGAACACUGGAUCAAGAAAUGCCCAAUCUUUUGGUUUUGAUCUUAGCUACCUCACAAAGCUUGGAGGAACUAAAUCGGCUGAUAUGACCACAACUUUGCUUCAUUUCUUAGCCAAUACUGUUGAAUUACGAUACCCUCAUUUGGUUGACUUUGUUGCUGAACUAAGAAAUGUUGAAGAAGCUUCAAAAUGUUCUGACGAGCUUAUAUCAAAGCAAGUGCAUCAAAUGGAAAGUGGUUUGAAAAAGCUGAAGGGUGAAGUAGAAAGACACAAGAAGCCUCAAGAUUCUGGAGACAAGUUUGCCAGCAGGAUGACUUCUUUUAUUAAAACUGCUCAAACUGAAUUUGACUCAUUAAAGCAGCAAUUUGAUUUAAUGGAGAAAAGAUAUGAAGAACUCUCCAAGUUUUUCUGCUUUGACAGGAAGAAGACAAGUAUGGAGGAAUUUUUUGGUGAUCUUGCAACAUUUUUACGAGACUUUGAGAGAGCUAAAAAAGAAAACCAGAAAAUUAGGGAACAAUUGGAAAAGCAGAGAAAGCAGAAAGAAAGAGAAGAAAUGGCAAAGAGAGAAAAAAUGAACAAAAUGUCUCAACCUAAAAAGACAAGACCUGGUGUCAUUGACAUCAGUAAAGGAGAUGAUGAUGAAGAAGGUGUUUUGGAUAACUUGCUUCAGUGCUUGCAGACUGGUAGUGUAUUCAAACAGGGACGAAAGCGUGGUGGAAAUAAAACAUCUGCUAUUCCUAAAGAUGGGCCAUCAAGAACACUAGUUCGAAUACCAAAAGUUUUAGGUGAAGAGAACAGUCAUUCACUUACUGACAAUCCUCCAUCUGAAGCAGAGAAACUUCUAAAGCAACUUCAAGGAGCACAAUAAUUUUUUAUUUUAGCUACAUUAAUUGUUCAUUUUCUAUCUAUGUUCUAAUAAUAGUUUAUGUAUGUAAGGCA